UAACGGUUAAUCUUUGACGUUUUCCAUCUCUCUCUCUCUCUCUCUGCUUCUUUCGCGCUGGUCUUGAUCAAUAACCAUUAAUUUCCUUCGCCGGAGCUCCGGCGAGUGUUCCUCUCGAUUUUCCGCAGGUCCUUAUAAAGUUUAAUUUUCAUGUGGAUCGAUACGAAUUAAGUUAAUUAAUUGGGAAAUGAGAGUGGAGAGACCAUGAAGAAGGUAACAAGGAAGGUCGGGAAGUAUGAGGUUGGCAGAACUAUUGGAGAAGGGACAUUUGCCAAGGUUAAGUUUGCCAGAAAUACAGUGACGGGUGAGAGUGCGGCCUUGAAAAUUUUGGCCAAAAGCACCAUUCUCAAGCACAGAAUGGUAGAACAGAUUAAAAGAGAAAUAUCCAUAAUGAAGAUCGUCAGGCAUCCUAAUAUAGUCAGGUUGCAUGAGGUUUUGUCUAGCCAAACAAAGAUAUACAUAAUUCUCGAGUUUGUAGCUGGAGGAGAAUUAUUUGACAAAAUUGUAAGGUUUCUCCAUCUUUAUGUACAUGGUGAGCGAUAUAUAUGUGUUCAUCUUUGCCUGCUCGGAGAAUCUUUAAGUGAGAUUAUUUUUUAGAUAAUGCAUUUAGGUAUCAGCAGAUUACUCUCUCUCUCUAU